AUGCUACAUCCCCUCCCCGACCCAUCCUCCAAGCUCACCGCUUGUGGCAGCGCAGCACAGCGACGGAGUGGGGUUCUCAGAGGUCGCAGGAGAGCAGGGAGUCCCAUAGCAAUCACUCCAACACCUCCUACUCAGGUCUCCCCUCCCUCUCAACCCUCCCCUCCAGGCUCACCUCUUAUCACAUUGCAGCACAGCCACGAAGUGGGGUCGCAAGGGAGCAGGGAGUCCCGUAGCAAUCGCUCUAACACAUCCCUUUCAGGCCUCCCCUUUAGGCUUACCUCUUAUCACAGCGCAGCACAGCCACGGAGUGGGGCCCACAGGGGUCGCAGGAGAGAACCAGCAGAGACGCCUGGAUGCUGCCUGCCCCCACCGACCCAAACAGAGCCACCAGUGAGUCCCCCAGCAGCCGCUCCAACACCUCCCUCUGGACACCCCCCUGCUCGCCCCUCUGCACGCCUUUCUGCUGCCCUUUUUGCUCGCCUUUCCUCUGCGGCUGCUGCGGCUGCUGCUGCUGGCGGAAACGGAGAGGAGAACACGAAGAGUUUUGAGUCAUUCCCCUCACCCAUCCUCUCUACCCUCUCUCCCUCUCUCCCUUACUCCCUCCCCCUCUCCCUCUCCCUCUGUCUCCCCGUCACUCCCUCUCCUUCUCUCCCUCACCCUUCACUCUUUUCCCUAUUCCUUUCACUCCCUCUCGCCCGCUCUCCUUCACUCCGCUCACAUGGUAAUGCGCAGGUAGCUAUGCCGUCUCGCUCACAUGGUAAUGCGCAGGUAGCUAUGCCGUCUCGCUCACAUGGUAAUGCGCAGGUAGCUGUGCCGUCUCGCUCACAUGGUAAUGCGCAGGUAGCUGUGCCGUCUCGCUCACAUGGUAAUGCGCAGGUAGCUGUGCCGUCUCGCUCACAUGGUAAUGCGCAGGUAGCUGUGCCGUCUCGCUCACAUGGUAAUGCGCAGGUAGCUGUGCCGUCUCGCUCACAUGGUAAUGCGCAGGUAGCUGUGCCGUCUCGCUCACAUGGUAAUGCGCAGGUAGCUGUGCCGUCUCGCUCACAUGGUAAUGCGCAGGUAGCUGUGCCGUCUCGCUCACAUGGUAAUGCGCAGGUAGCUGUGCCGUCUCGCUCACAUGGUAAUGCGCAGGUAGCUGUGCCGUCUCGCUCACAUGGUAAUGCGCAGGUAGCUGUGCCGUCUCGCUCACAUGCACCGUCCCCUGACGCACCGUCCCCUGAAGCACCGUCCCCUGAAGCACCGUCCCCUGACGCACCGACCCCUGACGCACCGUCCCCUGAUGCACCGUCCCCUGAUGCACCGUCCCUCGAUGCACCGUCCCGUAAUGUACGCUGA